AUGCCUGCGGCGCCGCGGAAAUUCCUGCGAAUUCCAAACGGAGCCGUGCGACUGCGCGAGAAGUCGCGGGAAGUCCCGACAAUGCUCGAGCAGUCGCGAGCGACCGCUGGCAAUAUCCCGCCCCUCACGCCCGCUCCCCGCGCGCGUCUUUUGCGCGCGAGCAUUCGCAUUCAUUCCUUGCAGUGUAACGAAUACAGAAGUGAUGGAAAUUGA